GGGCAGCUGCUGCGCCCGCCGCCGCCACCGCUGCUGCUGCUGCUGCUGCGCCCAGCCCGGGAAGCGGCGCCCGGCCGGAGGGAGCCGGAGCGGGCGGAGGUCGCGGGGCGCGGCGGGCGCAGAGGCCGGAGCCGCAGGCGGCCAGGAUGGCGCGGAAGGCGGGCCGGGCGGAGGUGUGCGCCGAUUGCAGCGCGCCAGACCCCGGCUGGGCGUCCAUCAACCGAGGGGUUCUGGUGUGUGACGAGUGCUGCAGUGUCCAUCGGAGUUUGGGCCGCCAUAUUUCCAUCGUGAAGCACCUGCGACACAGCCCCUGGUCGGCCACCUUGCUACAGAUGGUUCACACGCUUGCCAGCAAUGGCGCCAACUCCAUCUGGGAGCACUCCCUCCUCGAUCCGGCGCAAGUGCAGAGCGGACGCCGUAAAGCAAACCCUCAGGACAAAGUCCACCCCACCAAGUCUGAAUUCAUCCGUGCCAAAUACCAGAUGUUAGCCUUCGUACAUAAGCUCCCGUGCCGGGAUGAUGAUGGGGUCACCGCCAAGGAUCUCAGCAAGCAACUCCAUUCCAGUGUCCGAACAGGGAACCUGGAGACCUGUCUGCGCCUUCUCUCCUUGGGGGCCCAAGCCAACUUCUUCCACCCGGAGAAAGGGACCACGCCUCUUCACGUGGCUGCCAAAGCGGGCCAGGUGCUGCAGGCGGAGCUGCUGGUGGUCUAUGGGGCUGACCCAGGCGCCCCCGACGUGAAUGGCCGGACCCCCAUCGACUACGCCAGACAGGCGUCCCAACACGAACUGGCCGAGAGACUGGUGGAGUGCCAGUACGAACUGACCGACCGGCUGGCCUUCUACCUGUGUGGGCGCAAGCCAGAUCACAAGAACGGCCAUUACAUCAUUCCACAGAUGGCAGACAGCUUAGAUCUUUCGGAGCUGGCCAAGGCGGCGAAGAAGAAGUUGCAGGCGUUGAGCAACCAUCUCUUUGAAGAGCUCGCGAUGGACGUCUACGACGAAGUGGAUCGCCGCGAAAACGAUGCCGUCUGGCUGACCACGCAGAACCACAGCACCCUAGUGACCGAGCGAAGCGCUGUGCCUUUCCUGCCGGUGAAUCCUGAAUAUUCAGCCACCCGGAAUCAGGGGCGGCAGAAACUGGCCCGUUUCAACGCCCGGGAGUUUGCCACUCUCAUCAUCGACAUCUUGAGCGAGGCCAAGCGGCGGCAGCAGGGCAAGGGCCUGACCAGCCCCACCGAGGUCCUCGACUCCUCCGUCCACGGGCCCAGCGACCUGGACGACCAACACGAUUACGACAGCGUGGCCUCCGAUGAGGACACCGAUCAGGAGCCCCUGCGGAGUGCCAACGCUGCGCGCAACAACCGUGCCCGGAGCAUGGACUCCUCCGACCUCUCGGACGGGGCCAUCACCCUGCAGGAGUACCUGGAGGUCAAGAAGGCCCUGGCCGUGUCCGAAGCGAAAGUCCAGCAACUCAUGAAGGUCAACAACAGUUUGAGUGACGAAUUACGGCGGCUGCAGAGAGAGAUUCACAAGCUGCAGUCGGAGAACCUGCAGAUCCGUCAGCAGGCGGGGCCCGUCCACCCAGCAGCCCCCACCCCCACCGAGCGCCCCGAGCACGGCCACGUGCCCUCCGCCGUAACGGGAGCCCACCGGCGCGACCGCCACGCCUUCUCCAUGUACGAGCCGGGCGCCAGCCCACUCAAGCCCUUCAGCCAGCCGCCCAUGGAUGACCUGGUUAGCCGCCUGCAGCCCUUCCACCCUGGGGAAUCGGAGGAAGAUGGGAUGUAUUCCGUCCACAGUCAACCCAACAUUUACCGAAUCCGGAAGGGGGGCUCCAUUUCGGCCAUGCCGUUCCCCCCCUCCUCUUCUUCGCUGGUGGUGGGUCCGCCGGAGGGCAGCGGGCGCCACUUGAGCGGGAAACUGGACCGGCACGGCAGCGGCACCGACAGCGACUAUGACAACACGCAGGGGAGCGACCUGCCCCUCAGCUGCAUGGACGGGAAACGCUUCCUGGAGCUGGGGAAGGAGGAGGAUUUGCACCUGGAACCUGAGCUGCUGGAAGGGGACCUGGACGGGGGUCUCCCCAGCACAGAGGACGUCAUCCUCAAGACCGAGCAGGUCACCAAGAACAUCCAGGAGCUCCUGAGGGCCGCCCAGGAGUUCAAACACGACAGCAGCUUCGUCCCCUGUUCAGAGAAAAUCCAUACGGCGGUCACAGAAAUGGCCUCGCUUUUCCCCAAGGUAAGCAGGCGAGAGCAGCGGUGGGCUUCAUAUAUUGUUACGCACGCGAUUUGCAGGCGUGGGCACCUUCCCCGUAUGUGGCUGGCCUCAAACACGUGCCUAAAUAGGACGGCAUAGAUCCGGGGUGGGGGG